GCUGCCGACCGCAUCACCGAAAUCAAGAUUGGCGCCGUAGAGGCCAUCGACGCCAUCGUGAUCACCUUCAUCCGUAAUGAUCAGACGGAGACCAAGCACUUCGGCAGCAUCGAUUUCAAUCCCUACGUGAUUUCUCUGCAAGAGGACGAGUAUCUUGUGGGCGUCGAGGGGUCUGUGGAUACGAUGUGGGGAUUAACUCUGGUGAGGAACCUGACGCUGAGGACCAACAAGGACAGCUAUGGACCUUUCGGCUCCAGUGGCGGAAUACCUUUCUCCGUUCCGCUAGUCUCGGGUAAGAUCAUUGGCUUCUUUGGACGUGCGGGCGAAAUGAUUGAGGCCAUCGGAGUUUACCUGGCACCGAACUAGACCCCUUGGACUGAUACUGCUGCUUCAAUAAAUGAGUCUUGCUGAUACUUGGACUCCAUAA